AUUUCAUAAGCACGCUGAUGCUGUCUGUCGGGUCAAAAUUUUAGGACAAAUAUAAUAAAUUGAUAAUAUGCUUCAAUAAUAUUGUUUUUUGGCUCGUGCAAUAGACAACAUAGAGCAGCAAUAUUAAAUAUUCCCAAUACUGUGACGGAAAUACGAAAUUGACUGCAAAGAAGGGGUAAAGGCCACGAAAAUUUCUCAUCGUACACGGAACGGAACGCACGAAGUUGUUGCUAGUGCAAAACAAAGAAGAGAAAAUAAAAAAAGCGUAUAAACAUUUAACGUAGGCCAAAAGGUUGCCCCCGUAUUUGUUGUUGCGGAUGGACGUCAUAGAAAUAAGCGAUAGCGAACGCGAGGAAACUUCUUCAACCUCCGACAUGGAAGUGGAGCUGCCAGAAGCGCCUGAUGCGGAGCAGAUUGUGCCCAAAGACGCGACAACUAUUGCGGAAGAGAAAAAAAAACUGGGAAACGACCAAUACAAGGCACAGAAUUAUCAGAAUGCACUCAAACUUUACUCAGAUGCCAUCUCGCUGUGUCCGGACUCUGCUGCCUACUACGGCAACCGGUCCGCCUGCUACAUGAUGUUGCUCAACUACAACAGCGCCCUGACGGAUGCCCGACACGCCAUUCGCCUCGAUCCGAGUUUCGAGAAGGCGUAUGUGCGCGUAGCCAAAUGCUGUUUGGCGCUGGGCGACAUAAUUGGCACCGAGCAGGCCGUGAAGACGGUUGCCGAGCUGGAACCGCAGAGCACGGCUCUGAGCAGCGAGCAGCAUGCUGUACAGAAACUGCGCCAACUGGAAACUACAAUACAGGCCAAUUACGACACACAAGCCUAUCGUAAUGUAGUCUUCUACUUGGACAGUGCGCUCAAACUGGCACCCGCCUGCCUCCGAUAUCGCUUGCUUAAGGCCGAGUGUUUAGCAUAUUUGGGACGAUGCGAUGAGGCCCUGGACAUCGCCGUCGGAGUCAUGAAACUGGACAGCACUUCCGCUGAUGCCAUUUAUGUGCGUGGGCUUUGCUUGUAUUACACGGAUAAUCUAGAAAAGGGCAUUCUGCACUUCGAACGCGCCUUGCAGCUGGAUCCCGAUCAUCAGAAGUCCAAGCGCAUGCGCAGCAAGUGCAAGCAGCUGAAGGAGAUGAAGGAAAAUGGCAACAUGCUUUUUAAAUCGGGACGCUAUCGCGAGGCGCAUGUCGUCUAUACGGAUGCGCUUAAAAUCGACGAGCACAACAAGGAUAUCAAUUCAAAGCUACUCUACAAUCGUGCGCUCGUCAAUACACGCAUUGGCGCACUACGCGAAGCCGUCGUCGACUGCAAUCGCGUGCUUGAGCUCAAUUCUCAGUAUCUAAAGGCGCUAUUGCUUCGCGCCCGCUGUCACAACGAUCUCGAAAAGUAUGAGGAAGCGGUAGCCGACUAUGAAACGGCUCUACAAUUGGAGAAGACGCCAGAGGUUAAGCGAUUACUGCGGGAUGCGAAGUUUGCUCUGAAGAAGUCCAAGCGUAAGGAUUACUACAAGAUACUGGGCGUUGCGCGCAAUGCCUCUGAGGAUGAGAUUAAGAAGGCAUAUCGCAAGAAGGCUUUGGUCCAUCAUCCAGACAGGCAUGCUGGCAGCAGUGCAGCAGAGCGUAAGGACGAGGAGCUCAAGUUUAAGGAAGUUGGCGAAGCCUACGCAAUUCUAUCGGAUGUUCGCAAGAAAGCCCGUUACGACAAUGGACACGACAUUGAAGAGCAAGAGCAAGCCGACUUCGAUCCGAAUCAAAUGUUUCGUUCGUUCUUCCAAUUCAGCGGCGGUCGAAAUGCAUCCUUCAACUUUGAGUAUUAAACCACCGCAGGAUAGGCAGACACAGUCUUGCCAGCCACAUCAUGCACAAAUCGGAGUCUUUGCAUUUUACACACUUACUUUAAUUUGUCCCAACGCAAAACACUUAAAACCCGACAUCAGCCAGUUUCAAUAUUUCUGGGGUUUUUCUUCUUUUUUUUUUGUUAGGCGUUUCGCUUUCUCUUUUGGCAUGCAAAACAUAAUUAAAAGAUAAUAAAUUGUAUAAUACUAAAA